AUGACCGAAGCCGCAGGAGACCCUACUCUGCCGUCUGGAGGCCGAGUGAACGACAGCAGUAUGACUACACCAUCCAAGAUGUUGGAACUAACUGGACUACGCUGCACGGGCUUGCGCAAACGUCGCUAUUAUUGUAUCAUACAGUUUGGGGCCAUGUCAUUCAAGACCUCUGUCUCCCCUGAAACGAAAGACCCAUCUUGGGAUGGCUCCAUUCGCCUGUUAGGCGAUGCAUCCAGCAUCAUCAUCAACGUCCGUAGGCAGCGGAUGUUCUUUUGCGGUAAACUUCGCAGCGACUCCCGAGUGGCUCAUAUCACCGUCGAUCAGCUGGGCUCGCAGCCAACGGAUGCUUCCGCGACAGAUAGACCUUUGGUCAUGGAGGGGCUUCGCCAUCGAUGGUUGAAAGCUUCCAUUUCCUUCGUCGCCACCCAAUCGAUGGCGUCUUCUCCAUUCAGCCCCGGGACCACAGCGGCUGCCAAGCCUGAACCAUCGACACAGCUUCCCCAGGGCGAGUUAUCCGGUCGCGAAGAUGGCAACGUUCCAAAUAAGGGCUCGGAGAACGAGGAAGAUCCCUUUGGGGCUAAUGGUAAACUUCGCGAACUCGUCCAUGACACCAAAGCGGAUGCUGAUGCGAUGCGCUCUGCGCCCGAUAUUGUCGAGACCGUCGCCGAUGCUAUCCAAACCGGCAAGGAUGCCGCCGAGUCUCACAGCGACGCGUUCGAGAGUUGGAAGUUCCUGCUGGACAAGCUGCAGUUUUUCGUGACUAUCUCGGAUGGAUUAGCUCAGAUCCAUCCUUACGCGCAGGCGGCCCUCAGCAUCAUAUCAGCCGUUCCGAAGGCAAUCAUAGAGCAGACAGGAAAAGAUGCAGCCAUACGUGAUUUGGUGAAGAUCAUCAACAGGACGUUGAAGCUGAUGGACGAAGCCGAGCCUCUUCGUCAAGAAGGCAACCGACGAGAGACCGCGAGUCUCAUCGCUCAACAAAUCGGCGAAUGUGCAAAGUUCGUCUCCGAUUACGCGAAGACCGAGGGUUUCACGUUACGGCUCGCUAAGAAUUUCGGUUGCGAUGUCGAGGGCGCUGUCGCGGAAUACAAGAAAUGCCUUGAAGUACUCAUUGAAGAUUUUGAAUGUCAUACCAGUGUGGCUACAAACAUUGUUGUUCUGGAGGUUCUGGAGAGCGCACGGCGUGUCGACCAGAACGUUAUCUUCCGCGAGCUUCCCGUUGCGUCGGGCUCAGGCUUCGACCCCGACAAGGGAUGUCUACCUAAGACCCGUAUUCCGCUCAUCAAUCUCAUCAUUGAUUGGAUCGAUUCCCCCGACGAAGCCAACUCGCAGCGGGUCUUUUGGUUGCGGGGUCCUGCGGGCGCCGGGAAAUCCGCGAUUGCUCACACUAUCGCCAAGCAUUACAAUGACAAGAGGAGGCUCGGUAGUAUGGUGUGCUUCAAUGCCGCCGGAUGCAAGAUUGAACAACUAUUUCCUACGCUUUCCUUCGAUCUAUCAGAUUUCGAUCGAGGAUGGAGGAAGGCGCUAUGGGAAGCGGUCAAAGACAACAGUAACCUUCGCCACACCCACUCGCUGCAGCUCCAGUUCGAUGGUCUUUUCCUUGGUCCAGCAAAAGCCGUAGCAGAGCAUUCUGUGAGCCCUAUCGUGAUCAUCCUGGAUGCUUUGGAUGAGAGUGGCAAAGAAUCGGAACGGUCUAAACUGCUGCCAUACAUAUUGCGGCUACAGGAGCUCCCCAACAACUUUCGUUUUCUGGUCACCUCGAGGGACGAGAAGGACAUACGAGACAAACUCACAGACCUGCGAUGCGUACGCCAGCAGAAUAUUGCCGUUUACAACGACACUGUUGACCAUGAUAUCGCUCUGUUCGUGCGCGAGGACUUUUCCGCCAAGGCACCUCAUAUAGUAAUGGACGCACGGUGGAAGGGAGAGUCAAUGGUACAGGAAAUCGUUAAGGCCGCUGAGAAGUCUUUUCAGUGGGCGUUCACGGCGUGCAGCUUCAUCCGAGGAGAAGACAAGUACAAGGAGUACGACUGGCACGAUCGUUUCUUGGCCGUUCUGUCUUCUGGAUCUUCGUCGCAAGAUCAGGAAUCCGGCGUUCGUUACAGUCAUCUGGAUACCCUCUACAAGCUAGUUCUAGGUCAGCUGUUCGGGGAUGGACCAUCGGAUCGUUUCAAACGCGUGUUGGGAUGUGUCCUCUCAGCAAAGGUACCGUUACCCCUGGAUGCACUGGAAGAGCUACAAGAGGAGAAAGAUCCGCGAGGCUGUACCACCAACGUCUUGAACAUCAUGGGAUCUUUGUUAUAUGGUGUUUCCAACCCAGGAGAUCCGAUUCGUCCCCUACACAGCUCCUUUCGUGAUUUCCUGACCGACAAUUCUCGAAGCGGUGCUUACUGCGUGAAUCUUAUGGAUGCGAAUGAGCUGCUAGCCCACUCGACGCUACGAAUCAUGCGGACAUCGCUUCGCUUCAACAUAUGCCAUCUUGCGUCUUCAUACGACCUCAACGACGAGUACGAUGAUCUUGAUCAGCGUAUCCUGAACAACGUGACGUCUGGUCUCAUCUACGCAGUCUGUUAUUGGGCGCAACAUAUCGUCCCUGGACCCGGGGCUACUCUAUCCCCCGAAUUGCUAACUCAAAUCGAAGGAUUUUUCAAGACUCGGGCGUUGUUCUGGUUAGAGUCACUGAGUCUGUUGAACUCAUUACAGUCGGGUUCGUCCGCGCUGCUGACGUUGAAGAGAGCCUUGACGGGAAACGAUGAGGCGAGCGAUGUUCUUCGCUUGGUCGAGGAUCUCGAUAGAUUCCUCAGUUUAUACUGGGACGUGAUCUCAAUCUCAGCACCCCACAUCUAUCUCUCUGCUCUUUCCUUCACUCCGGAGACUUCGCUCGUAUCUCAAAAUUAUAUGGAGUCCUUCCCCAACAGCGCGAGGGUCUUGCAAGGUCGACUGGCUCAUUGGCCAGCGUUACGAUGCACAAUGCAAGGUCACCGGGGUGUUGUCAGAUCUGUCAAGUUUUCGCAUGAUGGGAAGUGGAUAGUAUCGGGCUCACAUGACUGUACUAUUCGUAUGUGGGACGCCGAGUCAGGUCAGGCUGUCGGAAAGCCGUUCGAGGGUCAUACGGAUACCAUUUAUUCGGUAGCAUUCUCUUCGGAUGGGAGACGCAUCAUCUCAGCCUCCGCCGACAACACCAUCCGAAUGUGGGAUACAGCAGAGGGCAAGGCGAUUGGAGAACCGUUCCGCGGCCAUACCGUAGAAGUCAAUUCCGUCGCAUUCUCGCCACAGGCUGAUGAUCCGCGCGCAGUCUCAGGUGCCAAUGAUUCGACUAUUCGCUUAUGGGAUACGAGCACGGGGAAAAUGCUCGGAGAACGCAUGAACCACACACACGUUGUAAUGUCUGUAGGAUUUUCACCAGAUGGAACGCGCCUGGUCUCUGGCUCUGAGGAUCAUACAAUACGCAUAUGGGAUGCGCAAUCACAAAAACUCGUGGCAGGACCUCUCUCAGGUCACGGUGAUACUGUCCUUUGUGUCGCCUUUUCACCUGACAGCAUGCGCGUUAUGUCGGGAUCCAGAGAUGGCACAAUUCGAAUCUGGGAUGCAGAAUCCGGGCAGACGAUAGUAGGCCCGCUCGUGGGUCACACCCGUCCUGUGACGUCUGCGAGUUUCUCCCCCGACGGAAAGUACAUCGUUUCCGGAUCAGUGGACGACACGAUUCGACUGUGGGACGCGAAGAACGGGGCCAAACUCGGAGAGCCGGUUCAUUGCCAGAGUAUACAAGUUCUGUCUGUGGCGUAUUCCCCGGAUGGAUCCCGCAUAGCCUCUGGAUCAUGGGACGGACAUGUACGAGUGUGGCACACGGCGGAGAUGGCAACGACCAAGGCUUCUGGCACUCCAACUCCUGUUAUGUCCAUCGAUGUGACCUCCGAUGGCAGCCAAAUCGUCGCGGCUGACGUGGAUGGCUGGCAUCGGUGUUAUGAUACCGCAACACAAGCGGCCAUUGGGAAUCCUUUCGGCGGUGACGAGCUGCAGAGUGGUAACACACUUUGGUGUGUCGCCUUUUCCCCAGAUGGCAGUCGGAUAAUCUCGGGCUAUUACGAUGGUAGCAUCCGACUAUGGGAUGUAGAAAGGGGAACCGUCAUCGGAGAGCCGUGGAAAGGCCCGCAUAAAGGCCUCAUCUCCUCUAUUCUCUUCACGCCCAGCGGCCAGCAAGUGAUCUCAGGGUCUUGGGACGGCACUAUCUGUGUGUGGGACGUGGAGACUGGUAAAGCGCUCGGUGAAUCUUUCAGCGGACACGACGCUGGCGUUACAUCCCUCGCACUAUCACCCAUCGGCAAAAGACUUAUCUCCGGAUCAAAGGAUCACACCAUUCGAGUCUGGGAUGUGGAGAUUAGACAACCUGUUGGAGAGCCUCUCCAAGGUCAUACCAAUGAGGUCAGUUCCGUCGCAUACUCCUCAGAUGGGAGCCGAAUCGUUUCCGGAUCGGAUGACGUCACGGUCCGGCUGUGGGACGCAGAGUCCGGGGAUCCCAUCGGAGAGCCUUUGGUUGGCCGCGCCGUGAACUCCGUGGCAUUUUGCUCCCAUGAUGAGUAUGUGAUCUCUGGAUCUUGGGAUGGCACGGUACGGAUUUGGGGCGUAGGGACGACAUCGGGGCCACUGGUCGCCGUUUCACGAGGACAUUCGCACGGGGUCGCAUCGGUCAAAUGGUCGUCUAAGACGAGCUGCAUCGUUUCCGGCUCGUGGGAUGGCUCUGUCCGGUCUUGGGACAUCCGAGAGCUUAUCGGCAAGCCUACCCAAUCACUCAUGCAGGACCAAACAGCAGUCGAAGAGCCGAUGUUCAACGGCGAUACCGGAACCGAUGCACCAUUAUCUUCGGAGUUGACGAGUUCAAAAUCUACAGACGAGGACACGACGUCCCCUGAUUCUCCGUCUCAGAUCUCCAUCUGUUUCUCAUCCGCUCCCGAACAUCAACUCCGUGACGCUCAUACGUUCUUCCCGAACGGCGAGCCAGGAUGGAGCCACGCGCGCAUGAAAGCUUCAUUCGGACUAGCUUCAUGGAGAUCGGACAAUAAGGGAUGGAUUUUAGGUCCCGACGACGAGCGACUACUCUGGGUCCCACAGCAUAGUCGUUGGAACCUCUGGCAACCUGCGUCCAGACUGUUCUUGCCCUCGGAGGAGACGACGAUGCUGGAUUUGAGCCGCUUCGUGCACGGCGAGAGGUGGGCAGAGUGCUACAAGUUCUACGAGCCCAGGACGGACGAGGGCGAAGCUGGUGGAGAGCACUGA